UUCUCAGUCAUUUCCUCCUCCGCCGCCAUUUUGUGUCGGGGAAGCAGAGAAAGAAGAGCGCGGAGGGAGAGAACGGGGAAAACAAGAAGAGCGCGAAAGAAUAUAGUGUUUUAUAAGAGAGUCCGUGCGGUAUCGGAGCCACCGAGAGACCCUUUCCGUACCGAGAAAGACACACAGCCGCUUCCACCCCGCUGUGAUUGCCGGGCACUGUGCGGAGCCGGAGCCGCUCGGGUUGCGUAGCUCCCGCUCUAGGUCACAAUGACCAACGAAGAACCCCUCCCUAAAAAGGUUCGCCUUGCUGAAGCAGACUUCAAAGUCUUACCAAGGGAAGAGUUACUUCUCAGGUGGAAGCAAUAUGAAUCUUACGUCCAAGCUCUGGAGAACAAAUAUACUGACCUGAAUUCUAAUGAUGUGACUGGACUUCGAGAGUCUGAGGAAAAGUUAAAGCAGCAACAGCAAGAGUCUGCUCGAAGGGAGAACAUAUUGGUGAUGAGGCUGGCCACUAAGGAACAGGAGAUGCAGGAAUGCACGAAUCAGAUUCAGCACCUCAAACAAGUGCAGCAGCCCAGCGUUGCCCAGCUGAGAACUACAAUGGUUGACCCGGCUAUCAACUUGUUUUUCCUCAAAAUGAAAGCCGAACUGGAACAGACUAAAGACAAACUGGAACAAGCCCAAAAUGAACUGAGUGCCUGGAAAUUUACGCCUGAUAGCCAAACAGGCAAAAAAUUAAUGGCGAAGUGUCGAAUGCUUAUCCAGGAGAAUCAGGAGCUGGGGAGACAGCUGUCCCAGGGUCGCAUUGCUCAGCUUGAGGCAGAGUUGGCUUUACAGAAAAAGUAUAGUGAGGAGCUUAAAAGCAGCCAGGAUGAACUGAAUGACUUCAUUAUUCAAUUAGAUGAAGAGGUUGAGGGAAUGCAGAGCACUAUUUUGCUCCUACAACAGCAGCUGAAGGAAUCCCGUCAACAGCUCUCUCAGUUGCAACAGCAGCAAUCUCAAAAUUCAGCUAUCAGGACUCAAGCAGAGCCCAAGGAAGAAGGGGAAUCUAGUGGCAAGGAUUGCAGUCGCUUGUCAAAUGGACCAAGCAAUGGAGGUUCUUCUCACCAGAGAACUCACAGCUCUACAGGGCUUUAUAGAGAGAGUAGCAAUGCAGAAGGUGACUUUCCUGCAUCUCCAGUGAAUGAGGGCAAGUUGUCAAACCACUCGGAGGAGAGAACUGGUAGAGGGGGAAGCAGCUAUAUGAAUCCACUCAGUACUGGUUAUGAGAGUGUAGACUCGCCCACUGGAAGUGAGAACUCUCUCACCCACAACUCUAAUGACACAGACUCCAAUCAUGACUCUCAAGAGGAGAAACCGAGGAGUGGGAAAGGCAGCCGAACUGUAAGCUCCCGUCACAUUCAAAAUGGCUUGGAUUCUGGAGCGAAUAUGCAGGGCUCUGUUUUGUAAAAAUAAGAAAAUGUUUUUUUUUUGUUUUCUUUUUUAUACAUCCUUUAAUUUCAGAACUAAUACUGUUCAGUGCAUAUUUUGUCAUACUUUUUUUGCCUUUUGAGUUUUUUGUUUUUCAUUGUUGCUUACUGUAAUACCUCUGCCAAUCUGGAUGUUUUAACAGAUAAUUGCGUUGAAAGUUGUAAAGAAAAAUUUACAUUUGUUUAGAUUAUUUUUAUGUAAGGUAAUAAAAAGCUGAACUAAUUUAAAACUUGGAAAUUUCACAAAAAUGAUAUCUGUACAACGUGUACCCAAAACCUUUGCUGUGUAAUGGCAUUCCUACCCAUGUUUUCAUCUUACCUAGACAUCAACAAUCUUCCAUGGUACUGUGUGGGUUUGGCUGCCAAAGUUUGCCCAGUGACCUAGCUAUACCACAGGCUGGACUAUUAGAGUCCUCUGGUAGUUUCAGUGUUAAACACAGUUGCUUUCUUCAGU